AUGAGUGAAAAGGACAAAUUGAAACAACAAUAUCAUACACAAAAGCAAGAAUUACCUCCAGCAGAUGCCCCUCCCCCACCAUACGAAGAAAUCCAAUCACAACAAAAUCCCUAUGAUAGAGACACACAGCCUCAGCAUAGAUAUGAUAAUAAACCACACCCACCUCAAUCGUAUCAGCAAGUUCCAAACCCACUAAAUGAUCCUAAUGUUUAUAAAAUACAGCCGGAAAAGGUGAAUAUAACUCUAGCACCCCCAGAACACUUGAAUCCCCAGUAUCAGGAGUAUCUAGCUAACGAGCCAGAUCGUUUUAAAAGAGGUGAUUUUCCAGACAAGCACUAUAAACAUGGUGCACCGUUGAAUAGGGGUCACGUCAAUUCCAGCAAUAAGAGUAAUAAAGGAUUUCCUGGUAGAAGUGGAGCUACUUACCAUAACGCUGCUAAUCUGUAA